GCCGUGCGCAUCCCGACCUCCGCCGCCAGGAACCCGAAGCCGUUGCGCCCGUCGACCUGAGCGACGACGGGCGUGACUUUCGAGACGGAUGGGGACGCGGUGGCGUCUAGCACGCCGUUGCGCACGCGCGCCAUGUACGACGGGAUCCGGUUGAUGCCGUGCGUGUCGACGCCCCGCAGGUCCGCCGCCACGAGGCAUCGCGCUACGAUGGCGGCGUUGGGCUCCGGCACGCCGUUCCCCAAGAGGACGCCCUCGAUGAACCUCCGGGCCUCGGUGGCUGAGACGUAAAUUUUAGUGGUGUCGGAAGGAGGUUGAGGUUGAGCUGCUGAUGUCUCGGCCAUGUUAUGUAGGUACCUAAGGUAUGUCGAUUGGUAAGACUGGUACCUACAGGCUACGGUACGGGAUAAAAAGAUGUUGAUCUUAAGUGUUAACUGUGAGAUUACGAUAGCUAAAUGUGGAAUUUGCAACUCCGUAUAGGUUAGGUAGAUACAUAGCCCGGAGUACUUAUUCCGAAGAGAAACUCGUCCGACCUCGGACUCGGUGCCGUUGCCGAGAUGACUCCAACGGAGCGGAGCUAUACCGAGGUUCUCCGCUUUUAUUGGUAGCUUGGGUACCCAAGUAAUAUAAGACAAACCCCUUUAUAGUUAAGAACAAACCAGUAAGAAUUUACAUUUUUCUUUUCCACUUGAAAUUGUUGUGCUUAUAAAGAGGAGCUACGCUCCGGCCGCAUCAAGCAUGGCCAUGAGUAUAGCAAAGAGGAACGUGAAACUUCUCGAGCCUUACUACGAGGGCCGAUUUGAAGGAGAUGGUUUUAAAGCCGAGGAGAUUAAUAUAGCAGACUGCGUCCUUUUCUCAUUCCUGCAGUUCUCUAAGAAACUAUAUGGGGUCGAUAUAGUGGCGGAUUCGGAGUUGAGAAAUUUGAGGAGGUUCUAUGAUACAUUUAAGGAGAGGGAUAGCGCUAAGAUCUCGGAGGACUUCUAUCCUCAGUAUAUUAAGGAACUUGCUCCUGUCUGGCUGGAGUGAUGGCUACGAUAG